AUGUCCGACUCGAUUCAACGACGAAUUCAGCAGCUAGGUAAUCUUGAGCUAGCUUUGCUCUUAUCAUUUGUGGCAGAGGAGCACUGCAUAUUUACGACCGAGCCUCAUAACACACCUGUGCUGCAAGAGGAAUUGAGCCGUUCAUGCAAAGCUACGUUCAACGUGCGAUCAGCAGUCGUGCAUUGCUCAUCUGACACGACCAUUGACGACUUCAAUGAUUCCAUCUUGAUUGAUGCGGACGUUGACAUUUCGUCGCCCUCACGGCGGCCAAGAGACCUGGGCCAGCACAGAUCUGUACUUGACCAACGAUCAGAUCAGCCGAGAGAACCUGGCAGGCUGGGGAGCAUCGUCGAUCCUCUUGUGCAGCGACAGAUUGCAGACGUUAUCAUCGUCACUCAACUCGAUCGUGCUUCAGAGGUGGUGCAAGUACAAGCGCUGGAAUUGAUUCGAAGCAAGCGCAUCUUCACGCGCUCGUCAAUGCAAGUCGCACCAAAGGGGCUACUUGUUGUGGCAAUACUAUCAGAGCCUACCGUGCGGCUAACUUACCACCUUCAAGAUAUGUUCUGCAUGUCACAUUUCCACUCCGAGGACGAGAAAACACACCAAUUUGACAACAGUGCUACACGAUAUGAGCUUCCCAAGUUCGGAAAGGAGGAAAUUGAAUCCCUCCGAGAAAAUAUGGCCGAGAUCGAGAUCAAUGCAGAGAUUGCACAGUAUCUGCACAACAUUGAGGUGUUUCUGCGCAACAGCCGCUUCGUGAAGCGUGGCGUAACUGGUGCAGCGACUCGCCAUCUACGUAAACUGUCCCGCGCGCUGGUUCCCUUACACAAUCUCGAUUAUAUACCACCUUCACUGGUGGCUCUCGCUGCGCGGAAAGUCUAUGCUCACCGUCUGGUGCUUGCGACGGCAGAUAAUGAGAAGACGCUUCUGUGGGGAAGCGAUCCUGAAGCGGUUGCAGAGCUGCUUCGUGAUGUGACCGUUGAAGAUGUCAUCGAAGACGUUCUCGCGAGUGUUGAGGCUCCUCUCUGA